AUGGACUCCCGCGAAACUGAUCUGGGCCGUAUUACCAACCGCCUCGCUCUGCACCAGCAACACCUUGAACCGGCCCCGAUCUCCAAAACAGCACCCAAGCAGCAACCACCCACCAAGAUGGCCGCGCGCGACCCCAUUACCUGCCAUGUCCUCAACACUAUGACCGGCACACCGGCUGCGAACCUGUCCGUCACUUUGACCCUGAUAUCCUCUUCCACCUCUUCCUCCAACCCCGUCACCUUCCGAGCUACCACCAACGCCGACGGCCGCGUCGCCAAUUGGACACCCGUCGGCGGCUCCGCCUCGGUCCCCUCGAUCCUCAGCGCGCUCCCCGCUGCCGAUAGCAAGACGAACUGGGCUGUGCGCUUCGAGACCGGCCCUUGGUACGAGGCCCAGGGAAUUGAAAGCUUCUGGCCUGAAGUGGAGGUUAAGUUCACGGUGAAGGGCCGUGGUCGCGAGGGUCAGGAGGGCUGGCGCCAUUAUCACGUUCCCGUGCUGCUGGGUCCCUGGAACUACUCGACAUACCGGGGAUCUUAA